AAUGGAAAACAAUUCCAUAUCUGAAGAAAUGGAAACUUCUGAACAAGUGGAAUUAUUAUUUGAGAAGAAUAAAACUUACAUUUACCAUAAAAUGCAGGAAAUUGUUGUAUACAAAAGAAACGCGAUAAUAUUAAAAGCAAAUAUUCAAAAAUUGGAAUCAAAAAAAAAAAGUUUUUUAGAGUGUAUUAAACAAUGUGAAAUUCUUUUAGUUGCUAUUAAAGAGCUACAACAUUACGAACCAAUGAUAACGGGAGAAAUUCAGAAACUACAAAAUUCCAUAACCGAAGUAAAAAAAGAGAUUUACAGUUUGGAAUCAGACAAAAAGAUAGAAAAUACUACUGUAAUGAAGCAAAAUUCAAAAUUGGUUAACACAAUAAAAACUUUAUUAGCCGAGACUUACGACUCUUACUUUGAAAUGCUUGUUAAGAAGGAAAAUCAAUUAGAAGAAUUGAAAAUAAAAUGUGGAACAAUUCAAUCUACAUUUGAGUCGGAGGAGGAAAAGUUGCGGAAAAAUUAUGAAAGACAAAUCGAUGAACUCAAAGUAAAAAAUGCGCAGUUGAAGGAACUCGUGUCCAUACAUAGCCGAGGAGCUAUGAAAGGUGUCAAGCGAUUAACACUGUAGGACAAUAUUAUUCUCACUGACGGAAACAAAUUAAAUGAAUAUCUUCUUUUCUUGCUUUUUUGACUGUCCCUGGACCUUGAUCAUUUGUUAGCUAACAACCGCGUGCCUAUAUGUUCAAUAACUUUGCCUAUACAAAUUAUAUUCAUCAUAUGUGUAUGUGGCGAAUAGUAAAACCACAUCACUUUAUCAAGGCCAGUAGAACUCGUCGCUAAAGACAAUAGUUAACAUAAAACUAAUCGUCUGUCCCGUCCAGACGACUAUCGCCGGACUUUGGUUAAAAGCAAAAUUAUUCCCAGGGCAUCAUUUCAUUUGAACGCUAAAAAAAUUGCGCGUAUAUUGAUUAGCACUCAAAUAAUUCAUUUUUAAAUCAAUAUUAUCACUUUUUAGUUAGUAAAAUUUUAUGAAGUUAUGUUUUCAAAACAAUUAGAAUAUAGUAUUUGUAAGUAUAUCUGAACUAUCUAAAGCA